AUGGCCUACAACGAGCUCUACCAAUAUUCUGUUGUCUCGGCUCUCAUGCAAGGGCUCGGAGACUAUGGGCUGCCAUACAAAGAACUCGUCUCUCACGGCGAUCACGGCCUCGGGACAUUUCGUCGAAUGGACGGCGAGAUGAUUGCCCUUGACGGCGACGUCUAUCAAAUGAAGGCCGAUGGCUCAAUCAUCAAGAUUGACACUUCUGGGGGCUCCGACAUCGCUCCCUUUGCACAGCUCACUCGCUUUCAAGCCUCUGCCACCGCCGACGUCGAAUUCAAGGACAAGCAGGGCUUCUCAGAUGCCCUGUCCAAGCUUCUACCAAAAACCAAGAACCACUUCGUGGCGUUCCGCGUGGACGGCCUUUUCAAGUGUGUUGCAGUACGCACCGCGGGUGGUCAAUUCUGCCGGCACGAAAGCAUCAGGGUGCUGCACAAGCGCCAGACCACCUACGAGUUCACCAAUGUCCGCGGAAGUGUUAUUGGAUUUAGAUCGCCAGAGUUUCUACAGGGAGUCGGUGUAGCGGGCGAUCAUCUUCACUUUAUUUCGGAUGAGAGAGACCGUGGCGGACAUGUGCUGGAGGUUGAAUGUCACCCUGACGUUCCAGUUAAGUUGUCUGCAUCAGUUCAAACCAAAGUCCAUCUAGAGUUCCCAGACGACGAUGACUAUCAGGAGGUAGACCUAAAUCCGGACUCCAGUCUGAUCAAAGUUGUGGAGGGAUGA